AUGUCCAGAUAGUCAAUGACCUAAUUGAGAGGAGCCAAGAAAGUCAUGGUAGAUACUUGUGGCAAGGUGUAAUCAAUGGCAACCAGUCAACUGAGGAGAGAGUGGAGUUAGGAAAAUCACUUAAUUUGAGUCCAAAGCAUAUUUUAAAUCUGGUUAUAAAUAACGGAAACUAUUCAGGAGUGGAGCAGGAGGAGUUCAACAUAUGUCAGAAUGCACUUCUUCCAGAGACUGAUGCCAUGCAUGCUGGAGAGAAACCUGAUGAGCGUAAUAUAUGCGAGAAAUCACAGAGACAUCAUGAGCAUGUUACUCAGCAUCCCAAGAUUCCAAUUGGGCAACCUUUUGAAUAUAGUGGAAAAGGAAAAUCCUCCAACACAGUGCCAAAAAUAUUUGCAUAUAAGAAGGUUCAUAUGGGUGAGACCACCUGUAGAUAUAGUGAAUAUGGGAAAGCCUGUAAUAAGUUAGCUGUCAUUGCCCAAGAGAUAAUUCAGGUAGGGAAAACUUUUCACUGUGACGUAUGUGGGGAAACGUUCUAUAAAAAGGCUAAACUUACUCAACAUCAGAUUAUACACAAAGCAGAGAAACAUGAUAAAUACAGUGAAUGUCAGAAAUCUUUUAAGAAAUCAUACCUUAUCUCAUAUCAGGGAACAUCUACAGGGAAGAAGCUUUAUCCAUGUAAUGAACAGGAGAAACUUUUCUAUCAGAAGUCAGACUUUACAAUGUGUCACAGAAUUCACACCAGGGAAAUGUCGCAUGGAUUUACGAAGUGUAGCAAAAACUUUCAUAAGAAUUUGCUUCUCAGCUGUCGUCAGGCAAUUCACACAAGUGAAAAAUCAUGUGAAUGUAAUGGAUGUAGAAAGUCUUUCUACCAUAAUUCUGCCCUUACUUUAUAUCAGAGGAUUCACAUGAGUGAGAAUCUAUAUGAAUGUCAAGACAUUCAAACUUUCUCAAGAAAGUCAAAAUUCAAGAAACAGAGAAUUCACAUUGCUGAGAAACCCUUUGACUGUAACACAUGUGGAAAAACCUUUCACCAGAAUUCAAACUUCAGCAAACAUCAAAGAAUUCACACAGGUGAGUAUCUAUAUGAAUGUAAAGAAUGUGGGAAAGCUUUUAACCAAAAGUGGGCCCUCAAAAGGAAUCAGAGAAUUCACAAAAGUGCAACACAAUUCAAAUGUAAGGAGUGUGGAAAAGCUUUUAACCAAAAGUCACAUCUCAGCAGGCAUCAGAGAAUUCACACAGGUGAGAAACCAUAUGAAUGUAAAGAAUGUGGAAAAGCUUUUAGCCAAAAGUCACACCUCAGUGUACAUCAGAGAAUUCACACAGGUGAGAAACUAUAUAAAUGUAAAGAAUGUGGAAAAGCUUUUAACCAACAGACAAACCUGAGCAUGCAUCAGAGAAUUCAUACAGGUGAGAAACCAUAUGACUGUAAAGAAUGUGGAGAAGCUUUUAACCGAAAGUCAAACCUCAGCAUGCAUCAGAGAAUUCACAUAGGUGAGAAACCAUAUGAAUGUAAAGAAUGUGGAAAAGCUUUUAAACGAAAGGCAUCCUUCAGCUUGCAUCAGAGAAUUCACACAGGCGAGAAACUACAUGAGUGCAAAGAAUGUGGGAAAGCUUUUAACCAAAAGUCAUCCCUCAGCAGGCAUCAGAGAAUUCACACAGGUGAGAAACCAUAUGAAUGUAAAGAAUGUGGAAAAGCUUUUAAUGAAAAGUCAGUUCUCAGUAGUCAUCAGAGAAUUCACACAGGUGAGAAACCAUAUGAAUGUAAAGAAUGUGGAAAAGCUUUUAACCGAAAGUCAAACCUGAGCAUUCAUCAGAGAAUUCACACAGGUGAGAAACCAUAUGAAUGUAAAGAAUGUGGAAAAGCUGUUAAGCAAAAGUCAACCCUCAAUACACAUCAGAAAAUUCACACAGGUGAGAAACCGUAUGAAUGUAAAGAAUGUGGAAAAGCUUUUAAACAAGAGGCAUCCUUUAGCAUGCAUCAGAGAGUUCACACAGGUGAGAAACCAUAUGAAUGUAAAGAAUGUGGAAAAGCUUUUAACCAAAAGUCACCCCUCAGCAGGCAUCAGAGAAUUCACUCAGGUGAAAAACCUUAUGAAUGUAAAGAAUGUGGAAAAGAUUUUAACCGAAAGUCAUCCCUCAGCAGGCAUCAGAGAAUUCACACAGGUGAAAAACCAUAUGAGUGUAAAGAAUGUGGAAAAGCUUUUAACCGAAAGUCACACUUCAGCAUGCAUCAGAGAAUUCAUGCAGGUGAGAAACCCUAUGAAUGUAAAGAAUGUGGAAAAGCUUUUAAACAAAAGGCAUCCUUCAGAUUGCAUCAGAGAAUUCACACAGGUGAGAAACCAUAUGAAUGCAAAGAAUGUGGAAAAGCUUUUAAACAAAAGGCAUCCUUCCGAUUGCAUCAGAGAAUUCACAGAGGUGAGAGACCAUAUAAAUGUAAAGAAUGCGGAAAAACUUUUAACCAAAAGUCACACCUCAGCAUGCAUCAGAGAAUUCACUCAGGUGAGAAACCACAUGAAUGUAAAGAAUGUGGAAAAGCUUUUAACCAAAUGUCACACCUCAGCAGGCAUCAGAGAAUUCAUGCAGGUGAGAAACCUUAUGAAUGUAAAGAAUGUGGAAAAGCUUUUAACCAAAUGUCACACCUCAGUAGGCAUCAGACAGUUCACACAGGUGAGAAGCCCUGUGAAUAAUGAAUGUGGAAUAAGUUUUUUUACAGAGUCACAGCUUAGAAGACAUCAGGAUACUCACACAGGAAAAAACUCAUGAAUG